AAGAAAUCUAAAGUAUCUAACUUAACUGUUAAGAUACAAGAAGCAAAUCAAAGACAAAUAGAAAAAGAAAAAUUACAAAGAACAAUAGAAGAAAGCUUUAAAAGCAUUAAAGCUACAGUAAUAGUAGCAACAGGGGCAAUAGCAGUCAGAAAGACAACUGCAUUAUUAGAAAUUAAAGACUUCUUUGAGAAGCAAGGAAUCCAAGUAUUCCAAUUCAAAGCAAUAUCAGAAAAAUCAUCAGAAUUAUUAAAACUGAUGUACUCAGCAAAGCAAAACACAUUUGCAUUACAAAUAUUUAUAUUACAAGAAUUCCAAAAGAAUUUAUUACAAUUAAAGAUAUUGGAAUUAGAAGGAAAAAUCGAUGAAAAAACAAUAAUACUCUUUGAUAGAGCA